AUGCAGGGCGCAUGCCUCUCCGCUGUCGGCCGCGGCCAGCUGGCGUCGCUUCUUCAUCGCCUCUCUCCUGAGCUGAGGGCCCGAGCCUUGCAACGUGUGCCGGAGGAGUUCCGCGCACAUUUCGAUAUGGCUCGACUUCCUCAUGAUUGCCCUGGCACAGAAGGCGAACCUUGUAUCUUCGCAGCCUCCACAUCUGGCCGUCCAGCGCAACUCCUGGGUAAGAAGCCUCUCUGCACGGUGUGCGACCCGGCAGCUCUCGCGCAAGCCUGCAGCAAUACCAAAGGAAUCCAACAACUUGCCGACAAAUUGAGCAAGAUGUCAGAAGAAUCUCGCGGCAGAGCUCUCGACCGUGUGCCCGAGAUGCAUCGAGCCACUGUGCAGCGAUGUCUGCAAGAUUACACUGCUCCUGCAGUACCACGGCGACGACAGCCGCAGGCUACCACCACUGCCGAACUGCAUCAGCAAUGGGCAGAAGCCUUGAAGAAGAGAGUUGCCAACGCCGCCCCCGAGGACUCUCCCGUGCUCGCGAAGUACCGGGAUAAGGUGCUGGCCGACCAGGCCCGUGCACGGCGCCAGCUGGCAACUCCUGCAGAAGCGAUUGAGGCAGGGCAGCCGCCAAGAAAGCGUGGCCGGCAGCAGCCAGGGAGCAUCCAGAAUGAUUCCAGCCUUCCUGCUGCCAGCGUGAGCGAGCUGGCCUGCAAUUUUGAACGCUGGUGCGAAUAUCACUCCUGGUCCCUCUGUUCGAAUUGCCACUCCUUGGCGCCUCGAGACUUGAACGAGCAGACACUGAGGAAGAAUCCCGCUGUGCACUUGUCUGUUAAGGCCUGUGGGCAGUGCCGACGGGCUACGGAGUUCCCCGUUUCUACCUUGCAGGACGUGCCCGAAGCACUGCGUCGGCUGCCAGAGGCAGCGCGCGCUGCAUUAUCUCCGUUGGAGAUCGAUGUUGGCCCUGUGGUUCGGGCGCAGAACCGUGGCGGCUACGCCACUGGGUACCGCCAGCAUAGCACCAUGAUGCGCUUUCGGUGGAAGCCCCUGUCCGUCAAAAAGGCUAUCAAGGAGUUGCCCCGUGCAGAGCGCCGUCAGGCCAAGGAUGCGUUCCAGUAUCUCAUGGCUCAUGAUGCAGACUGCGCCUACCACAUCUAUGUCUCGGAAAAGGUGGACUGCCUCGUUGACGUUGUGGUGGAGCUGCAAUCAACGGAAUCGGAGUCCAGGCGCAUCGGCCUCCCUACGGUGCGGACCGGGUCCCGCGACAGCGCGGCGGCUCGUGGGCCGAACGCCGGGUCGGCCUUCGGGCUGCCGUACAUGAUGCGACACGCCAUUCUCGCCUCCAGCACAAGGCGGCAGCAAGCUUCGGGUGAUGAGCUUCUUUCGCUUGCCUGCGUGCUUCAAUGUGGACGCAAAGCUCGCGUCGGCGCUGCUCAUCAGCGUUGCCUGUUCUGUGAUUCGGAGCGCAUGCAGGGCGCAUGCCUCUCCGCUGUCGGCCGCGGCCAGCUGGCGUCGCUUCUUCAUCGCCUCUCUCCUGAGCUGAGGGCCCGAGCCUUGCAACGUGUGCCGGAGGAGUUCCGCGCACAUUUCGAUAUGGCUCGACUUCCUCAUGAUUGCCCUGGCACAGAAGGCGAACCUUGUAUCUUCGCAGCCUCCACAUCUGGCCGUCCAGCGCAACUCCUGGGUAAGAAGCCUCUCUGCACGGUGUGCGACCCGGCAGCUCUCGCGCAAGCCUGCAGCAAUACCAAAGGAAUCCAACAACUUGCCGACAAAUUGAGCAAGAUGUCAGAAGAAUCUCGCGGCAGAGCUCUCGACCGUGUGCCCGAGAUGCAUCGAGCCACUGUGCAGCGAUGUCUGCAAGAUUACACUGCUCCUGCAGUACCACGGCGACGACAGCCGCAGGCUACCACCACUGCCGAACUGCAUCAGCAAUGGGCAGAAGCCUUGAAGAAGAGAGUUGCCAACGCCGCCCCCGAGGACUCUCCCGUGCUCGCGAAGUACCGGGAUAAGGUGCUGGCCGACCAGGCCCGUGCACGGCGCCAGCUGGCAACUCCUGCAGAAGCGAUUGAGGCAGGGCAGCCGCCAAGAAAGCGUGGCCGGCAGCAGCCAGGGAGCAUCCAGAAUGAUUCCAGCCUUCCUGCUGCCAGCGUGAGCGAGCUGGCCUGCAAUUUUGAACGCUGGUGCGAAUAUCACUCCUGGUCCCUCUGUUCGAAUUGCCACUCCUUGGCGCCUCGAGACUUGAACGAGCAGACACUGAGGAAGAAUCCCGCUGUGCACUUGUCUGUUAAGGCCUGUGGGCAGUGCCGACGGGCUACGGAGUUCCCCGUAUCUACCUUGCAGGACGUGCCCGAAGCACUGCGUCGGCUGCCAGAGGCAGCGCGCGCUGCAUUAUCUCCGUUGGAGAUCGAUGUUGGCCCUGUGGUUCGGGCGCAGAACCGUGGCGGCUACGCCACUGGGUACCGCCAGCAUAGCACCAUGAUGCGCUUUCGGUGGAAGCCCCUGUCCGUCAAAAAGGCUAUCAAGGAGUUGCCCCGUGCAGAGCGCCGUCAGGCCAAGGAUGCGUUCCAGUAUCUCAUGGCUCAUGAUGCAGACUGCGCCUACCACAUCUAUGUCUCGGCCCGAGUCCUCCGUAAUCCGGUGUUGCUCUUAGAGCACCGUGCAAGAGCCUUGCUGGGGCUCGGAUGGACUUUCGCCAGGCCCUUGAAGCGGGAUCUUCGGCUUCUGCUUCCAGUGACACUCAAGAAGCCAUUUCCCAACAUUUGUACGACCUUUCAUUGCAAGUCGCUUCUCUUGAACAGCAGUUGCGUGCCGUCCGUGCAGAGCUCAGCGACGUCCAGCGCGAGCUCCGGGGCCUGGAAACUGAAAGGUACCAACAUUCCCUCCGCCUGGGGUGGUUGGAAAGGCUUGUGCAGCGAUUGCAUCAGGUGUUUCGCUCCGAGUCUUAAGCUUCUUUUGCGGGGGAUGAGUGCUGAAGCUUUUUAUCCAGAUGAGGGGGCCGUCUCGCAGUCUGUGGAAUCAGGUCAGCAGGUCCCUCUGUCUGCCAUACCUGCCAGCCCAAUAUCUCCGCAUUCGGCUGUGGUCGAGGGCACACCUGAUCAGGGUCCCUUAGCGGCCUUCAUGAGCAGCCCCGUCGAGGGCGAUGAUCUUACUGAGGAGCAACUGGGGAGCCUGAUGUCUCGCGAGGACACACAACUUCCCCCUGACGACGACCCGACUGCAGGCCGUUUGGAACAGCAGCUUGCAGGCUUCAUUGCCUACGGCGGCAGUGCAGGUGAUUGGCAUGCCAUGAACUCAGGCUUCAUUCUUGCAAGGCAUUCCCGUCAGGCGAUGCCGUGGGAAAGAGUGACGAGGCCCCGCUUGGGGCCCGGCUUCAUGUUCCAGGAGCCGUUGCUAGGUCGCUUCGACGGUCUUAGGAGGGCGGCGAUCCCCGCCCCUGCAGCAGGGCCGUGGGCAUGGGUGCCCAAAGGAACUUACGAGGCCAGGCGACUUCUCGCAGCAAGGUUUGCCAAAAGCGAUGACAUGCUUAGGCUUACCGCACUUAAGAAAAUUCGGCUCAUCGUGCUUUUCUUCCCGGAUGACUCGGAGCUUGGAAGGAACCUUGUGGGUUCUGCAGGCUCCCUGGUGGAGGAAUCCAUGCUGACCUCGACCAUCGAGGACACCUUUUCAGGCAGAGCCGCCAGCACCCUUCUGAAGCGUGCCUCAGAUUUCUCAAGGUUCGCCAAGUGGAUCGUAGCUAGCAAAGGGCGCCCUCUGGCGCCUUCCGAGAGCGAGUUGUACGCUUAUAUGCUUCACUUGCGACGGGAGAAAGCAGGAGCCACUGCCGGCGAGUCUUUUCUCAAGGCCUAUAGGUUCUUUGUGCACUUGACAGGGGCUGCGCAAGGCUCCAGGAUUUCCCCUCGUGUGCAGGGAGCAGCCAAGGCGAUGUCCAUGGCCAAACGGCCGCUCUGGCAAGCACCGCCCCUUCCGGUGGAGGCAGUGCGGCUCUUGGAAGAAUUCGUCCACGACUCUGAGGAUUAUGCCAGGGCUAGCAUAGCAGGGUUCAUUCUUUUCUGCCUCUACUCCUCGGCUCGAUGGUCGGAUGCAGCUCGAGGGACUGACUUGAGCAUUGACGUGGCAGGUAACGGGCUUGUCCUUCUUGAGUGUUCGACAAAACAUUACAAGACGAAGGCCAAGGACCGAAAGGAUACCGUGCUGCCUUUGAUUGCACUGGGCAGUGGCUUAACUCAGCCCUCGUGGGGACGUGUCUGGAUGCGCAAGAGGGCCCUGGCAGGGCUACCGGACUGUGCCGUAAUCAUGCCGGCCAUGUCGCCGGGAGGGAACUUUCUAGGAAGGGCCAUGACGGCUGCGGAGGGUUCCUUGUGGCUUCGUGAGUUUUUGCACUUGCAGGGUUUCACGGGAGAUCUUGAACAGUACAGCUCGCACAGCCUGAAAGCAACCGCCCUGUCCUGGACGGCCAAGAGCGGGACCAUGACCUACGAGGAGCGCCUUACUCAGGGGCAUCAUUGCAGUCCAAAGCACGGCAUGGCUCUCCUGUACUCGAGAGAUGCGCUUGCAGAAAUCAUAGUGAAGGUGGCCAAGGUCGUGAGUGCUGUGAGCAGGGGAGUGCUUAGUCCCGACCUCCCGCGAGCCGAGAGAGUCGCAAGAGCUCUGCAUGGCGAUCCGGCCGAUUUUGCGCAUCUUCCUGAGACGACGGCUGAGGAUUUGCCGGCCGAAGAGCCUCAGGAUGAGAACAACUCCGAGGCUGGGUCCGACAUAACAAACCUCGGCGGCCUCGAAGUGGACCUGGGAGCACCGGCCCCGGAGGAGGUCCGUCCUCGGCUUAGCAGCACGUUCUCGGGAGAGACCUACAUGCACGUCUUGAGUGGAGUGGUGCAUAAGUUGGUCAACCCCGGAAUUUUUAAGUGCGGCAGGAAGGUCACGGCGAACAUGCGUUUGAUGGGGCCCGAGGAGGCUCAGGAGAAUGUCUGCCAGCAGUGCUUAGAGUGUUUCUUGCUUCGGAGCACAAAACCGGACUGGGAAGUGUCCGCAGUCUUUUGGCUGGGAGUUGCCAAACUGGGAUUGCAAGAACCCCCGUGGUCGGCUGCCUUUGCCGGCCUGAGUCAUGAAAAAUACUAUUGGAACGCGACCGGCUGGGAUCGCCGGUUCACGAAGGCCGCCUGUGAUCGGUGGCGAAGAAGUGUGAAUCCGAGACAAACUCGACCCACGGUUGACUUCGCCGUGGGUGAGAACCUCGAAACCUGUAUCCUCACCUGCCCAGGUCUCAUGGCCGGACUUGAAUCGGUGCCUGCCUUCACCGACCGAGCAAAGCAGAUCGGCAUCAGCGAGGACCUUCUGAAGAAGCUCCUUGCUAAGAGCUUGGACACCUUCGGCAAGCUAGCUUUCGUGUGCUCGAGCAAACCUUCCAGCGGGGAUGACACUCCUCUCUUCGAAGCCCUGAAGACUCUGAUCGGGAGUGAGGUUCCAGUGGAACAACAUAUGGUGAUCAGGAGAUUGUGGUACGAGAGCCACGCCCACGCCCUGGUUGACUUGGAAUCGAGGGCUUCGAGAACAAGUGAUACAAGCCCCCGCGAGCUUCCGUUGGCUGAACGCCUAACACGCUUGAAACGCCAAAGGGGCGAGCUUAAAGGCCUCGAGAUGGAUAUCCACACAGAACCUGGACACGGCCUUGUGGACCGCGUCCAGGCCAUGCUCGAUUCUGCACAAGUGCUGCACAUCGCGCCGGAGAAGUGCAUUUCCCGCCAUGACGAAAUCCUGGGUGAGAAGACGGAACAAAAGAUCUCUUUGGGAGCCGACGGGAACAUCAAGGUCACGAAGCAAGCCUCGAGCCUCCGUUGCGAGACUACCGGCGAGCUCAAGCUUCGCCGGUGCUUCCUGCGCCGGGCCUUAGCAUUCGAUCAAGUAGGGCUCGCCUCCUUCACUGCAUUGGAGUCUUGGCACAACCGCAUGUUCCAGGCUCUGCUUGAUGUGCCUCCGGCAGGUUAUCGCUACACUACCGUUCAGCAGCUGCUUGCAGCUGACCAGAAGCUUUGGCAGGUGGUGGCCCAGGAGAGCCGAGGUGACAUCGUCGUCGGGGUCGGAGCCCCGGCCCCUCUUGACAAGCACAUAGCCGCUGCUGCAACCAAUCAGUUUGUCGUGUCAUGCUUGACUCACCUGCCCAAGCCCUUGGAAGCUCCCGCUCCCACAUGGCUGCCAAACAAGCCCGGUAAAGGAUUCGGCAAGAAGGGGGAUAAGGGAAACAAGGGCGGAGGCAAGGGCAAGGGCAAGCAAAACCAUAGCCAAUCCGGUGCGGAAGCCGCCCCGACAACCUCCUUGAAGGAGCUGCUCGAAUCUCUGCCAGAGGGCUGUGUGCGAGCCACUGAUGAAGGUCGCUUCAUCUGCCCUUUCUACAAUAAGGGCCGUACAUCGAGUGCAAACAUUGACUAUCCGCAGGUGACCGCUUUGUUUGACGCGUUGCCACACGACCAGUGCGAUCGGAGUGCUUCGGGUUUUUCCUUCUCUGCAGGACUCUACUCACGAGUCCAAGUGGGCCUCCGCAAGGCCUGCAAGCUGUUUCCACUUUCUGUGCAGGCGGUGAAUAAGUUUGUAGCUCAUUUGCUUGACGGCGCAGUUUACACGAGUUUUGCCAUAUUUUCCAGAGUACAGACCCGGGAGCACCGGGACAAGCAGAAUGCCUUUUUGCCAAACAUAGUGAUUCCUUUGACUGCAUUCACUGGGGGGGCCAUCAAGGUCUUGGAACCCAACCGCGAGAUCGACCUUGAGGUUUCGAAAGGACCGGUGCAAUUUUGUGCUAGGCAGCACCCGCACUCAACUUGUCAAGCGCACGGGCGACGAGCCGUGCUUGUGCUCUUUUCCCUUAAAGCAGCUUCGCAUGCUUCUGCCGAUGAUCAGCUUUGCUUGAAACGUUUGGGCUUCCCUCUGCCCACUCCGCGACAGCUCAGCUCCGUCGAAGUCUGCAAAUCCGAGCCUAUUUCCUUGGGUGAAGCGAAGCAGCGCCUCUUGCCGUUUCCAGACAAACCUCAAACCGGCAGUGACCCGGGUGCCCUGGGAAAGCCGACUCACGAAAGUCGUCCGCCGUCCAUGGUAGAGUGCUUGGCCUGUCGUGGUCCCUUAGCAGCAGAGGCCCUCCUCACCGGAUGGGACGCGAUUCCGGUAGGUAAAGGCCCCCACGAUCCCCACGGCUCGCCUAUGUUGCAUUUGGAUCUCUCUGAGGAGGAAAACGUGCAGGCACUUCUCCGAUUUGAUUCGUCGGCAGCUGUUGAUUGGUGGCACGGGCACCUCUUCCUCAAAUCCUGUGUUCGGUUGGAUCGGGGAUCUUCCAAACAACCUUUGCGGAGAGCUGACUGCAUUUUCGGUUGCCCUAAACUUGCCCCUCGAGCCCAGGACCUGGUGCACCGUGACAACAAGGUUUGCAGGGCCCUUGUUUCAGCCUUGCAACGAGCUCAUCAAACCGGAGCCCUCGUCUCACUCAUCGGGCCUGCCAGGAGCUGGGUUUGGAGCCUCCUAGCGAGCACUGUGAAAUCCACCCAAUCGAAAGACUUCAUUGACUGGUUCUUCACCCUGGAAGACCAGGAGCUUGACACUUGCAUGUUCGGGUCGCCUUUUCUUACCUCACUCAAGGUCAAAGCCACGCCCGGAGCUUUCCCGCAGAUCUCUGCUACGUGUGACAAAUCACAUAAGCAUCAAGCUUGGCUGCCUUCGCCGGCCGGUGGCACCUUCAACGAUGCUUCCCUGCCCCAUGGUUUGUGCCAACGCCUGUGCGAGUGUGCCACCAAGCUCGUCACCGGAUCAACUAAGCACCGUGCAGCAGGCCGCUGCCGUCAGCUCCGGGCUGCUGUCAGGGCCGCCGCGGCCAAUCAGUCUCAUUUCACGCCACCCCUAAUUCCUGAGUUUCGGGUGGUAACCCCUUUGUCCCAAGUGCCUUCGAAUGCUGAUUUCAAGAUCUUGGACAAAGUCGGCUCGACACCGGGGGAAUUGGAUGAGCCGGAUAAGCGGUUUAGGCUUAAUGGUUCUCCCCCUAAGUCCUCGGCUCCCCGAGUAGGUGCAGUGGCUGGUGUUUACCACACCAUGGAAGAGCACCUUCGUCUUGCCUCAAAUUUGUGCAGUCCAGCUGAUACAAGCGAGAGGCUUCCAGAUCAGAUCAGGCGGAACAUUUUCGCCAUGCUGACCGAAGGACCCGUGGCGAUCUCAAAGAAAAGGCUUCUCGCUCUUCAGCAGCUGAACCGAAGAGUGCAGGAGCUUGCAGAUGAAGAAAGAACGCUUCGCGAGAGCAUGCACCCCGAUGUUGAAUCCGUGACCAGGGGGAAAGCGAUCUCCUUGUUCAGGGAACUGCUUGAGGAAACCGCCUUUGCAGACAUGUCCGUAAUCGAUUUGCUUGUGAAAGGCGUGCCACUUGUGGGCCAAGAGCAAGACUCGGCCCUCUUUGCCAAACGGCCGAAGCCGCAGGAGAUCAGCCCGGACCAACUGCGGGCCCAGUCAGCUCUCAGGAGGGACGUUCUACAGCGCACGCGAAAACUCGUCUCUCAGGAGGACUACGCCGCCAUGCGGGCGGAGACGGACGAAGAGGUCAAAGCUGGUUUCCUGAGUGGACCGUACUCUUCCGAGUCCGAGGUCAGUAAAGUGCUGGGGACCACAAACUGGUCUCUUUCGCCCCGCUUCCUCCUGAGGCAGGGAGAGGACGCAAAGAUUAGGAUAAUAGAUGACUUCAAAAUGUCAGCUGUUAACCGUGCCUUCGGAUCUUCAUCGUUCCUCGAGUUGCAGGACACGGACUUCGCAGUGGGUUUGCUUAGAUUCCUUUCGAGGGUUCUUCAGGAUCGCUCCCGAGUAAGGGUGCCUCUGCUUGAUGGCUCGGUCUUGGAAGGCAACUGGGCGCCUGAGAUGCUGUCGGCCCCUCCCCUGUUGGGCAAGACGCUGGAUUUGAGCAAGGCCUAUCGUCAACUGGCAAUCCACCCUGACUGCAAGGAGUUCUCAGUGCUGGGUUUCCCUACGCCCGCUGGUGGCUGGGAGUACUACAUCACGAGGAGCCUCCCGUUUGGGGCCGGCGCGAGCGUCUUCGGGUUUAAUAAGGUUGCCCUAGGGGUUCUGCACAUCAUGACAGUGAAGUUCAUGGCAAUCGCCACGGACUUUUACGAUGAUUACACCAUCUACGAGUUUAAGCCUGCUGCUUCCUUGCUGGAUAAAGCCCUCAUGCGGCUGCUGGACAUCCUGGGCUGGACCUUCGCGCGCUCCGGGCGCAAGUUUGUGCCUUUUGCCGAAAAGGUAACUUCCUUAGGUGUAACCUUGGGGCUUGAGGAAAUUUGGCAAGGAACCUUGACUGUGGAGAACAAGGCGGGCAGACUUGAGCGCAUCGUUCAGCAGCUGAAGCGGAUUUCGCAAGGAGACGAGAUCACCCGAUCAGAUGUGGCUUCCCUACACGGCCUGCUCAACUUUGCCGGGGGUUUGAUCUUAGGGUUCGAGCUUAAGGCUACCUCGCGUAUGCUGUCGCGAGCCCUGACAGGCCCAUUCCGAGGCAACACAACAGAGUUGCAGCAUGCUUGUGCGUUGGCCUUGGACGUGUUGUCGCAAUGUCGCCCCAAGCGGUGCCCUGCAUCGGUGAAGCCACCCAUCAUCCUGUACACCGAUGGGGCAUACGAGAAAGGCGUUGGGACUUGGGGCGCCGUCAUUGUAGAUGGGGUCACCGGAGCUCGGUGGACCUUUGGCGGGACCGUCUGCCAGCAGCUCAAAGACCUCUGGGAGCGGCAGGCCGGAAAUCAGAUCAUUUGCCAAGUUGAGGGUUACGCUCUUGCAAUUUUGAUCUUCGGUCUUAGGGGUUUCUUGAAAGGCAGGUCGGUCAUAGCCUUCAUCGACAACGAAGCAUGCAGAUAUGGCUUCAUCAAGCGGUACUCGCCAUCCUUGAGCCUUCUUCGCUUAAUCUCGUUGGUGGCGCUGUUGGAGGGGUCUCUCGAGGCCCUACUUUGGUUCGAGCGAGUGCCCUCAAAGAGUAACCCUGCCGAUCUCCCGUCACGGGGAGCUUUCGAAGAGGCUUGCAAACGCUUCGCAGUUGAGAACAAAGGUGACAUCGCAUUGACCCCUACGAUGCUUGAUUUCCUUUGUGCUGCUGACUACAGUGCUCAUACGGCUCAGGCAAUCUUGACCUCCACGCGACUGGAGGCUGACUGGACAUGCUCAGCUUUGCAAUGA